AUGAACAGAUUUCGCCGCCAUUCAAUCGCAGAAGGUGGGAAAGAUGGGCCUAAAGGUUUUGUGAAGAGGGUAACAUCAACUUUCUCCAUUAGGAAAAAGAAGAACACAACGAGUGAUCCGAAACCACUUCUCCCUCGAUCAAAAUCAACAGGUGCUAACUAUGAAUCCAUGAGGCUGCCUCAGGGGAAGAAGGCUCUUCCUGAUGUCACAGCAAAGACAAAGAGGACCAAAUCUGCAGGCGUUUCGCCACAACCACGGCGUGAAAAGAUCGAUGAACCAGGGAAACAGUUUAUGAGGAUGAGAUGUUUUGAUGACAGCGACUCCAUUUGGUUGUCUUCAGAUUGUGCGUCUACUACUUCCCUUCUAGAGGAACGCAGAGUGUCUGUCUCGUUUCAUUUCUCUGUCGACGAAAGGAUCGUCUCUUGGUUAUCAAGUGUUGCUAACUCUUCCUUGUCUCUGAAUCAAGAAGCCACCAAAGAGGUUAAGAGUCACCAGAGGACAAGUUCAAAGAACGCAAAACAUUCUUCAGAAAACGUUCAAAAGGAUGGAAAAGUUUGUAACUCAGGUUCUGUAAAGCCGUCUUCGCGUUUACCUGAAGGCAACAACAAGACUUGUCCGCGAAAAUCAUGUGAAGAGUCUUCUAGUUCCAGUAGGUAUGUGAGUCCUGAUUUGACUUCACAGAGUCCUGAAGAUAAGAAAGUUAGCUUCUCGCUUGAACCAGAUGCGUCUCCUUCACCGGUUAGCUCAACUUUUGUGUCAUCUGGUCCUACCAAAACCAAACCGGCAUCGACUGAGGAAUCAAAGAGCAAGAUCGCUGUGGAGCCGCUUUUCUGGCCAUUUGAGCAGAAGUUUGACUGGACACCAGAGGAUAUACUGAAGCAUUUCUCCAUGUCUCCUCGGAGGAAGAAAUCGAUAGGGGGCAAAACUGCAGGCACUUCUCCAAGAUCAUUGAGGGCACAACUCCAAACAAGAAAGCUAGAUCUUAAAGAAGGGUGUAAGAGAAAGCUCAUGUUCAACGGUCCUGGAUCAAACUCAAAACCAACACGGAUUCCAGAACUGAAACGAACAAUCAGCAAUAGCAGCAGCAACAGUAGCCCCAAGAAAACCGAGAACCAACAACAACAACAACACAUCAGGAACAGUGUGAAGAGGAACAAAAGUUUGCCAUCGAGGUUGAGAAAAUCGAGCAAAAUAUCCUCAAAGGUGGUACCUAUAGGAGCUACAGAAGAGACAGGAGAGAUGGGAAGAGAGCAGAAAACACCUAAGAAGCUCAUCAUGACCCGCAAGUCCAGGACUUUCCUAGAAGAUGACUUUGCUUUGAUGAAUGAUUUCUCUAUAGAGAAUGCGGUUGGGCUUUGCGAGUUCAAGGGGAGAGAAGGCAUAGAUUCAGACUUCAACACUGAUGGUUUCUUGUUCGAUGAUUCUCUAUGAAUAGAAAAGUCUUGUACAGGUUCCAUAAUCCGUAAGGAUAAAUAGUGUACAUCUGCAUUGGCCACAAUUUUGUUCCUGGAUUGGAUAGUAAAUACAUGUAACAGUUAUA